AUGGGUGUACCGCGGACACGAUCUCUGCGAGAUGUGGUCUUGAUCCUCCUCGGCGCGACCUCUAUGCACAUUACAUCCGUUUUCUUCGGUUCUUUCUCUGACCAUUUCCCUGGCUCUGUAAUCGUCAGCACGGAGGUCAGUUCACACAUUGUCUCCAGUGCCGAUGACUCUGCUCGCCUCCCUGACGAUGACCACGAGCGGAGGGGGAGAAUAGGUCUGUUCGGGACUCCGCAAGUGGAUGUCGCAUACGACUUUCCCGAAACCACCAUCUCAUCGCACGCCCCUGGCUGGACCCUUUUCCACAAUCUAUACAUGUCUAAUGGGACGCUCUACAUUGUAUCUUCGCAGCCCUCUUCUGCGUUCCCUGACAUCCGCUUGAUGACCUCGACCGGCUUGCCAGCCGAGAACACUCCCGAAAACAUUGCCGCACGCAUUCCUACCGCAGAAAACAUGGAUUUUCUGACACCCGCUGAAGCUCGCUCGCGCUGGGGCGGUGACUCAGAUCGCUGGGAGCGCAACCGAGUCUGGUCCGUGGAGGGGAACACAUUCCUGUACAACGAUCCCCAGCAAUUCCUCGAUCACUACUAUCACUUUUGCGCCGAGCUCUUAUUUGGAGCAUGGGCGUUUUGGUCUGGCGCCUGGAACGCCGUAGUUGAGCCUUCUGCCUCACAUCUGACAACGGCGCCUCCCGUACACCGUAUGAUCUUUGCGAACGCUGGCGCCGAUGGCUGGCGAGAUGCCCCAGGAUUCAAUGCCUAUUUCCUCCGCGCUGCUUUCCCCUCCCUCACAGUCGAAGUACAAGAGGACUGGGAAGAUCGGAUACGGGCUACUUCGGCUUGGGGCACGCAUGCCCGCGCGUGGCACUUCGACACGGUGCUUUUCGCGGACCGGUCCGCCGCAUUCCGGGGUGAUAUCUGCGGACUGCAAACACAGCGGACAGCGUCGGAGGCGUACGAGCACAUGCGACAGGUUGGGAACCUCACAAAGUGGUGGUGGGAGCCCGUCCGACGCGCAAUUCUGCGGUUCGCAGGAAUCGAUGCAUGGGUGGUGGACACUGGUGUGCGCGUGGAGGAGACAGCUCUUGCACAUGUGCAGGCGAAACAGCAUGACCACGACGCAGGCGGAGAUCUCACUGGUCCUAACAGCAAGCAGGUUGGACAGGACGUGGUGGUGACGUAUAUCAGCAGGCAGGGCACGCGUAGACACCUGAUAGAGAGUCACCACGAGGCACUUGUAAAAGCGUUGAAGGAGACGUGUGCUUCGCACGGUUGGGAGCUCAGUGUUGUCCAAGCCGAAAGGCUGAGCAAGGAAGACCAGCUAGAAGCCGUCGCACGUUCCACGAUCCUCCUCGGCGUGCACGGAAAUGGUCUUACUCAUCUCAUCAUGAUGCCCGUCACGCCGAUCUCGACUGUCAUCGAGAUCUUCUACCCCGAGGGCUUUGCCCACGACUAUGAGUGGACAACGCGCGCCAUGGGCAUGAAGCACUUCGCCGUCUGGAACGACACGUACCGAACCUAUCCCGACACCCCCCUUCCAAGUUACCCUGAAGGGUUCCAAGGCACGCAGAUACCCGUUUACGCUCCAACUGUUGUCAAGAUCAUCGAGGAUCGCGUUGCAGGCCGACUACCGUAA